AUGCCGGGGGCCCGAUUGUCGCCGCGCAUGAGCGUCAGCUUCUUCGCGCAGUUUGAUGCGGGCGCCGCUGAGCACCCGGCGCGCCUCGCCCGGUGCGAGAUGCCCCCGGCACGCCUUUUCAUGAGCCGCGAGUUGGCGCGGCCCGAGCGGGACAUGCGCCGCGAGAGCGCGAGCUCCGACGUGCCAGUCGAUGCAGGCAGCUCCGCGAAUUUGCGGCGGUCCGGGGCUGCCAGCUGGCGGCCCCUGCCGAUGUCGCCGCGCUCGGACGCGAGCGUGUUGACCAACGUGAGCACUCUGGAGAUGACGCACCCCAGGAACGCGCUGGCGUGCGAGCCCCCUAGUGAGACGCGGCGGAUCUCGCUGCGCGGAGGGCGGCGCCCUCCGCUCAGCUGCGACUGCCGCCCCUUCGAGGCGACGACCUCGUCGCGCUCGGCCUCGUCGCGAGGGGCUUCGGACGCCGCGGUGUUCAGCGCCUCGAAGAAGACAGCGGCGGGGGCGUUUGCUGCGCAUUCGCUGGAUGUUUUUGUGGUCGGCUGGCAUGUUGCACCUGCGGCAUAUUCUUGGCUCUGCGAGCUGCGGGCAACGCCCGCUGCGGUGAACUUGUCCUGCGCAGUCUCCAUCGCCGUGGCGCCUGGACUGAAGCUCGCGCGGCCUCGGGGCUCCCAGAGCGGCGCGGAGGACGACGAGGGCCGCGACGGCGACCCGGGCGAGUGGUGCCACCAGGCGGCGCCCAGCCGCCCGCUGCUGCGGUGGCGGCAGCCCACGCUGGCCCGCCAGGCGCAGCAGGCGCCGCCGCCGCGCGCGGGGGGCCCGGCCCGCCCCGGCGCGGCGGUGCCAGCCUGGGCGCGGUUCCCCGGCGAGCACGGGGGCACGCGCUUCGGGGGCGAUGGCGGCCCAGGCGACGGGUCGGACCCGUGGGCGCCCCUGCCAGGGGCGUCGUUCGAGAGCGUCCACAUCGAGUUCAAGGACGCCGGCGGCGGCCCGGCGGAGGAGGAGGCCAGCACGUGCUCGGGCGAGGAGGCCGAGGACGAGUCCCUGCUGGUCGAGCUGGACGCGGAGCUCGACGCGAUGAGCACCGAGGUGGUCACAGGUUACCGCGCGGACGUCGGGGCGGGCUGCGGGCUGCCCGAGGACGACGGGCUCGAGUCGGAGGACGAGGCCACGAAGCCAGGACGAGACCACGACGCGCUCGAGGCGGUGGACGGCGGCGGGCGCGGGCAGGAGAGGCGCCUGCUCCUCCGGGCGGGGCUUCUCCAGAAGUGGGCCGCGCCGCACACGCCGCCCGUUACCCACAUCAUCUUCGUCGUGCACGGCAUGGGUGCCACUGAGGAGGGCUUGCGCAAGAACGUGCGGGAUCUCAGUGCUGGGCUGUCUGCGAUGCAGAAGUACUGGUUCUGGCAUACUAACAUCAACACCCACGUGGAGAUGAUCGAUUGGAAGUCCACCGUCAAGGCAACCCAAAACUCGAUCUUCGAGCGGAUAACCCCAGGAGACGCACGCAGUACACGAAUGACUCUGAACGCGACCUUGAGUGAUGUCAUUUUCUACAAGACCCCGCACCACCGCUCAAAGAUUCACGAUACCGUGGCCCAGAAGAUGAACACCCGCAUUAGGAUGCUGCGCUCGGAAACAAGUGGUCGGUUUGCGGAAUCGCGCGUCUCCAUCGUCGGCCAUUCUUUGGGGUCAGUGAUAGCGCACGAUGUGCUCACGCGCGCUGGCGGUGACGAGGCGUCUGCCUUGGAGUUCGAGGUGGACAGCUUCUUCCUCUGGGGCAGCCCUCUUGCAGCCUUCGUCUCGAUCUCGGACGCAGAGACCACGGCGGGCCAGGGCAAAUUCACGUUGCCGAACACGCUGGGCGUGUACAACGUGUUCCACCCGCACGACCCGGUGGCUUUCCGGCUGGAGCCGUUGUUUUACCACGACGAGGAGCAGAUGCCUCCAGAGGUCAUCCCGUAUUGGGCGAACAACGGGGUCCGGCCCAGCAAGCAGUGGGCCCGCAGUUACGAGUACGCCAAGGGGCUUGCGCGCCAGAAGUGGACGUCGAUGAAGAGCCAGGUGUGGGACGCCCUCGGCUCGAGCUCCGCCGAGUUCGCCCGCAUCGAGUGGGACAACUACCUCAACGCGGAGCAGGACUCCCUGGACUGCCCCACCGGCACGCAGGAGCGCGAGGGCCGAGAGGACCACAACGAGGAGAAGGUAGAGGACAAGGUGGUGAAGCCAAAGAUGCGGGUGGACUACGUGCUGCAGGAGCACGCCGUGGAGUCAUAUGUCGAGACAUACGGGCUCCUCCACAGCCACUUCUGCUACUGGACGUCCGAGGACGUGGCGCUGCUGAUGCUGAAGAUGAUGUCCCGGCAGGAAACCGCCGAACUGAACGCGGCGGAGAAGGAGCAGCAGGAGGCCUCCGCCGAGCGCGCCGCCGCCAAGGCGGCGGGCGCCGCCAGGCCCAGCGGCGCCGGCGCCGCCGCCGCCAGCGCGGGCGGGGCGUCGGAGGAGCCGGACGUGGCCGCGCUGGCGCCCCCGCACCCGGAGCCCUCCGCGCCGGCGAAGCCGGCGAUGGCGGCCCUGGGGCCGGCGUCCGCCGCCGCCCUGGCGAUGCUGCCGGCGCUGCCCGACCGGAUCGACUUCAUCAGGCGAUUCGAGCACAUUCCCUGCGUCGGCUACAAGGAGGCGAGGGGCGUGCCGUCCCUGCUGGCCGGCCGCUGCGUGGCAGCGGCGCGCGCUCGCCGCGCUUAAUGUUGCUGAUGGGCCUGUCCUCCACCACCACCACCAUAAGCUGGUGAACUUUUCGUGGACGGCUCCUAUCGUGUGCGUCGCCCGUGCCAGGGCCUCACGCAGUGAGGCGCCGUGUGCACGCUUUUCGGCUGGAAAGGGGGAGGGCGGGAGGAGACGGCGGCACCAGGCGCCACUGCUGCCGACAGCAGAAUGGCGCCCUCUAGCCGAGCCCCCGCGCCCGCUCUUCUUUUUUUUGCUGCGGGCCGCCCGCGUCGCCGACGAGGGCGGCGCGCUGCCCCGGGAGAGGGCAGCGGGAGGUUCGGUGGGCAAAACAAUGGAGAGGAUCGAGGAGUAGUUGCCGAAGAAGAA